CUUGUGUUAACCUGCUCAGUCGAUGAAAGGGCGGAUGUUAAUGAACAGAUCUUUAGAUCCUACUGAUUAAUGGGUUACGUUAUAUAGUCACGUGUAUUUUUCUUGAAAAAGACGAAGAUGGGUGAUGAAAUAUAUCAGUGUUUGUUUUUAUUCUUCCUCGCUCUUCAGCAACAGUUCACGAGUUUUGUUGAAAAUCGACCUGAGCUAGGCCUAAUGGAGGAAGGCCUUGGGCAUGUAGGACGGGUGUAUGAUGAUCAUACAGGACUGACAUACGAACUGGUACUGGAUUUGGAUUACCUGAAUCUGGAUAUGGACAUGUAUCAUGAUCUGCAGAAAGGACAAACAAAUCAACAGGCAGUGGAUUUGGAUUCCAAUUGGUUGAACCAGUUGACAGAAUUACAGGAACAGACUCUUGUGCUGGAAGAAAAGCUUCAGAGCUACAUGUCCCAAUCAAGGAAAGAUGUUAGGAACAUACAGGGACACUUGGAAACACUGCAAGCAGAACUGAGAGCCGCGAUCAAGACUCUGAGGGGCAGGUCAACAGGAAGAUACCUUAGGAGGAGGAGGAGGAGAAUCUUCUCCAGUAGAUGGUCCAUUCUGGAGCAAAAAAAACAGGUGAGAGAAAGAAGCCCAUUGCGUUUCUGGUCUUGUCCCAACAUUCCAUCACAACUUGAGGACUUGGAGUUUGAUCAUCUGAGGAAGUCGGUGAGCUUGAAUAGAACCAUAGCGUUCAAGGAUUCUCUUGAAGACAUACUCGAAGCUAUCAACAACGAUCCUAAUUGCCUUGACAAGUUCCGUGAAUACACCAUGAUGAAACUGCACUACUUUCAGCAGAGACGACUGAUGGUUCACAACCACCCCAUCUACCCCACCCACAGAACAAGGAUCCAGAGAAGAACAUGGAGUAUCCAGACGGUCCUCUUCCACUUCACCCGCUCCAUCUUCAGAACAAUGUUCCAGAUAACAUCACAGACUGCCAGUGACAUCAGUCAUUCUGGAGCCUCUGCACAACCGGACAAUCAAUCCAGGAGUCCAGGAGUGGGUAAGACAAUGCACAAGGAGGUGCCUACCACAGGGAUGAAGACCGUUUCAGCCAAGUCCAGUGGCAGUCCAUCGUUCUCUCUGACCAACAUCAGUACAGCUAUUUAUAAGACAAUGGCUGCCAGCUGCGCUGCCAUUUUAAUUUUCAUUUAAUUUUAAUGAUUUUGAACAGAAUGAUCUGGAUAAUUUGAUAAAACAUCACAAGUCAGAAUAAAGCUACCUUAAAUUCUCAUUGAAAAACCAGUAUUUAAUUUAUGGCAAACUAAUUAAGUCCCAUUGUCAGUAAAGGUAAUUAAAAACAAAUUGUUGAAGGGGAGGUGACUUUCAGCCUAUUAACAGGACACUCUAAAUCUAGUAUAAUGAACAGGCUAAUGGAAUAAAUAUGUGGAUAUUGACAUUACACGGAAUUGAUCAAGACAACAAGUAAAUAUUUUUUUUUGAUGUUUUAAGUUUGUAUAAACUGGGGAAGAGAGGAAGUAAGAAAUAAAGACCUAGCUGUCCCUGCCCCUGGAAACAAAAGACAUAUCAAAUACUAUAAAAGGACCACUCUUUACAUCCAACUAUUUUUGUCAAAUUCCAUUGGAGAUGUACUAGAAUUUCAGCUUAUUAGUCGACUCACUGGUAGGCCCUUCUUUUAAGAUUAAUUUUUGUGAGCUUUUAUUGCCUUUAUUUGAUAGUGCAGCUGAAGAAUGACAGGGAGAAGGGGGAAGAGAGAGGGGACAACAUGCAGCAAAGGGCUGCAGGUUGGAAUCAAACACAGGCCGCUGCUAGAGCCUUUAGCACAUGUGGUGCACGCUCUACUUAGAGUUAUUUCCAGCCCCUAUGGCUAUUCCCAGUUUAUACUUUAUGUCAGCUGUUGUAUCUGACCAUUUAGAGCUGUCAGGUGCAAACACCACAGAUAAUUCACUGAGAGCUGAUUGAAACAUUGUUUAGGUUGUGUACAUGUAGGUGUUUAUGGGGAGCAGAUGAACACACACAAACACACUCAAAACCUGCCAAGGUGUUCAAACAACCACAAACAGCAUGUGGAGGCAGGUUCAUGAGGGGCAGAGAAAGAGAGAACAUCAGAUUUGAUGUGGUGCUUUUUGAUCUUUAAGUGCACUGAUAAGCCAAUGUGUAUAUAUUAUGUAUUUAUAUUUGUGUUCAGUGUUGAAUGUUUUGUUAUUUACACUUAAGAAUCAUCUUGUAUUUUGAGUAUUCUGGGCAAGUCAGAAAAAGGACAACAAGAUCACAAUGUUUUUGUGAUGAUGGCUUCAGACAGCUAACCAAAAUAUGUGGAAAGACCAUUCACAGCAUGUGCUGGAGCCAAACGAGUGAAGUAUAUGUCACAGUACACGACUCAAACAUGAUCGGAGAUAAAUCCUUACUGGUUUCAGGCAAGGUGGCAAAAAAAUAAUUCUACUCUAUUCUGAGAAAAAGACCGACCAACCGCAGGAACAACAGAAGCUAACUAGAGUAGCAAGACCAGUUAGCUUCAAUGUAGGAUAUAACUUAAAGGAGGACUGAAGAAGAGUAAGCUGAUUUUUCUUUUUCCAUGACUUGCAAACUGCAUUCACUUAUUACAAUUAAGUUUGUGCAGUCACAAAUUCAGUGAUUGAUUUAAACAAUUUAACAACAAAUUAGUGAAUCAUUAUGUGUGAAACAUCUUUCUACCAAUCAUUUACAUUUGAUUUGAUGUAUAUAUUAUUAUUUUUUUUUAAGAUAUUUUUUGGGCCAUUUUGCCUUUAAUGGACAGGACAGACAAGUGUGAAGGGGGGAGAGAGAGAGAGAAGUGAUGACAUGCAGCAAAGGGCCACAGGCUGGAUUCGAACCCGGGCCGCUGCACCAACAGCCUUGUACAUGGGGCGCCUGCUCUACCACUAAGCCACUGAUGCCCCAGAUUUGAUGUAUUUUGACAGCUAUAUUGCAUCCUUUUAUAUUUGAGUUUGGUUAAGCAACAUUUGUGUGGUUUUUUUAGAUUAUUUUUUGGGGCUUUUUGCCUUUAAUGUACAGGAUAGAGUGAAAUGGGGGAGAGAAAGAGAGAGCGGGGGGUGACAUGCAGCAAAUGGUUGCAAGCUGGAGUCGAACCUGCAACCACUGCAGCAAGGCACCGCCAUUGUACAUAGGGCGCCAGCACUAUCCACUAUGCUACUGACGUCCCCAUUUGUGUGUUUUUUUUUUUAACUUGUUCUUAGGGCAGCAUUUAAUAUGUUGUUUCCAUGUCAGAGGAAAGUUCAGUCAAUAGGCGUAGCUGUGAUCAUGAGCUACUCUCAUUCAAAGCCAGGAACCAAAGUCUUAAACUUGUGAUGUCAUCAAGUACAAAAUCUGGAGCUGCUCCAUAGACCAUGAACAGGAGCCUGAUUUUAUGGACUCACAGAAUGUUGUUUUAGUUUUCUUAUACCCAAAUAUGCUUUAUUCUAUUGUGGUGGUUGCAGUUCUGAAACAUAAACUGUCCAUAUACCUAGAAAGAUAUUCCUGAGUGCUCUCAGUGUCAUCUAGGACAGCAUUACCAAUUCAUUAUCACUGGAGUAGCUCCAGACUGAAUACCCUAUGACAUCACAAAUUUUAGUUUUAGCACUGUAGUUUCGGAUUUGGGGAGAAAGUUGUUUUUGUUUACAUAUAUUUGUGGACUGUCUUAGACCAUAGAAACAACAUAUAUGCAUUCUGAAAAUGGGUAAAGUUCCCUUUAACAUCAUCUUACAUUUUUAAGUUUUAUUUACACUUAAUGAUUAUUUUUCAAGAUCACAUUCACAUUUGAUUUUCAUUUAAUCAUUUAGAUAUUAUACAUACAUCGUGUGUGCAUUUGUUUUUACUUUGUUUUUUAUUUUUCUAUGUUAUCCUGUCCUUAUUGCCUCUUGCUUUUGCUUUGCCGUAAUAAAAUACUUACUCAAC